GUUGACUCCAGUCCUCUCUGCAUUUCCUGCUUCAACAUUGUCCUCUAGGAGAGACAAAAACUCUGGGCAUUUUAGAAGUGCAGCUGCCAGGGCAGCAGAAGGAGAAAAGACUGAUGGAUGAGAGUGGGAAUUUGAUGCCAUGCUGUGCUCAAAAAUGCGCCCAGAAUGAUGUAGGAGAUGUAUGUAUGUAGCUACAGGCUCUCAGGAGUGUGUUGAUCUCAGGCACCUAGCUGUCUCAACCUCAGGAUCACAGGAAUGACUACCUGGUGUUUCCUGAUGGACCAAAGAGCACACCCACUUAAGGAUAGAGUCCCAACUACUAGUGCCUGAACCACAGACACUAUAAGAGCAGAGGAAAAAGAGAACAGAACAGGCAGCAGAGAUGUCAACUGCAGUAGCAGGACUGGGGCAAGCAGGCAGCAGCAGGCAGAGAAAAUCAGAGAAUGGAAAAAAAACUCGAAAAUCUCAGAAUAGAUGACUCAGAGGCACUCUAGAGGCAGGGGCCCAUAACCUGUUGAAGCAGGAAAUGCAGAGAGGACUGGAGUCAAC